AAGCUCAUAUGCUCGAGCCUGGAGCUUGAGGCAUUGCUAAAUUGCUACUCGAGCAUCCGGUCACCUUGACUCACAAAUAGCUGCCUGUAUAUCUAUUUUAGCGGCUGCAAUCGCCAAUCCAGAUGAUUUUUGCCCAUAUCAAGGAUACAUCCUGUGUUGCCGCCCCGCGACAUUGCGCACCCUCUGUGGUAGUUCCGAAUUGUUGUGACGCUAUCGGGAGCAAAUGAUAUAUAACCUGCAACUCAGUCUAGUUAUACAUCACCCAUCCCACUCCCCAAUCCGCCAUGGUAUUGCGGCCUCUCCUUGCCAUUGAACGCCUAUUCCCACCGCAACGAUCUUGAUCGAAAUUUGUAGCUGGCAGCCUCAUCUGAAAGCAACAUGGCGUCCGAAGCAAAACCAGUAUCCGACGAGCCUCCCCCACCUGUUGCGGCAUCGAGCGCCGCACCCCCGCCGUUGUUUCGUCCAGCUCCUGCUCCACAGGCCACGCCGCCGCCUCCAUUUCCACCGUCCCCCGCCCACGGCAAGACAUUCUAUGGCUAUCUGUUUAAGAAGGAUAAGACAGCGACAGAAUUGUUGGAUGCGCUCCUGCGCGCAAUCGGGAAAUACAUCAUCACAGACAUAGGCGACAGGAAAGUCACCGUGAUAGACAGGGCAAAACUCGCUGCCUUUUACAGAAAGGUGGGCGGCGACUACGACUCGCUCUUUGUUCAAGCACCCGACAAAGCGAUAUCGUACAUCUGGCAGGCACUUGGGUGUCAACACACGCUGCAACCAACCGAGAACGACUACGAGGAGCCAUGCGUACCUGCCCUGACGCUGAAGGGCUUUGUGCGAUGGGAGUCGCUCCAAAUCCUGCUGGGUCCUGAGGAACAUGUCCCCUUCGUGCAGUUUGCGGUGCGCAACUGGGCUCUGAAGCACCCGGAUACUGGCGAACCCUUUCCCCCCGACCUGCCCGCCGACGCAUUGCCCGCCGUGUGCGAUCCCGCCAUCGAUAAAUGGCACAGAGAGUGCGCGGGGCGAUUGCGACGCGAGGCCAUUCCUAAGGAGGAAUCCUCGCCACAGCAAGAUCCGAGAGUUUACUUCACUCAUGUUCCAGGCGCCGGCCAUGCUAGUACAGCUACCGCCUCACGGCAUGAGCCAGCGAUGGAUUACUUCGAGCGGGAACGCACUAUACCGUUCAACCAUAUACACAGCCGCCAUGUCGUUCCUCCUACUCCUGCUCCUCCUCCGCCUGGCCAUCGGCCUAGCCCGUCGCCGCAGAAGGUUCGUAUCGAUAGUGGCAGCAGCUCCCCAGAAGAGCGUGCGAGGCGCCGAAGUUGGAAUGACUAUCCGGCCCCUCUACACGACAAAGCAAGGUCGCCGAGUCACUUCGAUGCCCGGCGACCUCGCCCCGUUCGUCACCAUAGUCAACCUAGACACUACUCUUCCGAUUCCGACUCCGACGGCGAUCUGCCUUCCAGCGCGCGCUCCCGGCCGCCGCCGCGGACACAUGAACGACCGCCUCUACACUCAGUCCGCGUGUUUCCCCCCGAAACGUCUGCACCAACACCCAUCCCCAUUCGGUCCACUCACCGUACCGAAAUGCGACAAGACGACCCUCGUCGGCGUAGUCUACCCUCCGGCGGUACUUUUAGCAUCCGCCAAAAACUGAGCUCCCUCCUGCCUGGAUCUGAACGCCCUCGCAGCACCUCGCGCAGCGAUCGCGAAGCAGCCAGCGCAUCACACGGCAGCCGCAUCCGUCCCGAACCCUCUUCGCGGCGCCCUCGCGGAUGGUCCGACGAAUCUCUCACACCCGAACACUCUGACUCGGACGUGUCGCCCAAACGCCAGAGCCGGCACGAUCGCGAAAGGGAGAGAUUCCGCGAUCGUGAGCGAGACCGUGAGAGGGAACGGGAGCUAGAGGAGGAACGUGAGUGGAGAAGUCGCAAGGACAAGGCGUAUCUACACCGCCCGACGGUGACAAGGCGCACGAGCAGCGCCGCUGAUGUGGAAAGAAGGUUAGGUCGCGAUCCAAGGGAUCGGGAGCGCGAGUUGGAUCGGGAAAGAGACUGGGAUCGAGAUCGAGAUCGGAAGCGAGAUUCGAGGCGGGUAUUGACGGGGGAUGAGAGGGAGAGGAGACGGUAUAGGGGGGCUAGUCCGCCGGUGGUAGGAGUUGGGGGUAGAAAGUAUCCUACUGAAAGUUUGAAACCGGCUUGGUCCUAGUGGGAAGAUGAAGUUCGGAGUUUGGUAUCUAGCUGUCUUAUUUUGGAAAGGUUGAUUGAUACAGGACACUUCGGUGGAUAAUUGUGGACGAUUUGGGUUAGAUAUCCAAUGACCACUAACAAGCGCACACAGCACAACCGGGGUAUGGGACAGCGGUACGACAGCUUCUUGACAGAGACGCAGAGAGACGCAGCACCUCUACGACGAUACGAGAAGCGAAUAAAUAGUAGCGGAUCUUACAAUACACCACUCAGUUGCCGCUGAGCAGCUGGGUUCCACUUAUGAAUAAAACAGUCUGGCAUAUCAGGCGUAACUUAAGGUUGAGCCCUACAUAAAUCGAUUGAAUUUAUCACAAUCACACCACGGGUUAUCAUAUGAUGACAAGAGAAGGGAAGAGGC